GCUUUCCCAGAAGUAAUAACUGUUUCUUCUUAUACUAAUACUCGAAUGAGUACAUAGAUUGAUAUGUGAUUGAUUGAUUAUUUGAUUGGGAGCUUUUAUGAAGAUUUUGUGUCUGCUUCAUGUUUGUCAUAAUGUUUGUGAGGUACUAGAAGGUCGGCUUAUAACGGAAUUGGUUACAUGGAGUUUAAAGCUUCUGAAGUGUAAUCAUACAUUUUUCUCUGUUUCUCCCUUUACUCCAAGAAAGCAGGAAGUUUCCAGCUGAAAUUUUCUUGGAUAUCAAAGAGCCUGACAACAUGCUUCGCCCAAAAUUUAUUGGAGACACUCUAAAAUUAAUGACAAGGUUACUGCUAUUGCUCAGUGUCUUGAGACUCAGUUCUGCAAUCACAGAUCCUGAUGUGGAAGGCGAAGCUUUGGUUGAAGUUAGGAAGGCUCUCCACGAUCCCAACCAUCAACUAACAGAUUGGAAUUAUUUUUUUGUGUCUGCUUGCGUUAGUUGGUCCCAUGUCACUUGUAGAAACGGACACGUCAUAGGCCUGAGCCUGGCUUCUUAUGGACUUUCUGGAGCAAUAUCUCCUUCAAUCACCAGAUUGAAAUAUUUGACUAGCUUGGAGUUGAAGAACAACAAGUUCUCAGGCCCCUUACCUGAUUAUAUUGCCAAUCUGACACAGAUACAAUAUCUAAACCUUGGAGAUAAUCAUUUUAGUGGUUCUAUUCCAGCUAGCUGGGGCAAGCUUCGAAAUCUAAGGAAUCUGAUCUUGAGAGGGAAUGACUUAUCCGGACCUGUACCAGACACUCUUGCUAAUAUUAGUGGGUUGGCAGAAUUGGAUCUUUCAUCUAAUGUUCUAACUGGAGAUAUCCCAAUGCAACUCUUUUCAGUUCCAAGCUUCAACUUUUCAAAUACACCCCUUCAUUGCGGAUCACACUUGGAGAGGCCUUGUGUUUCUAAUUCUGCCAUCCCAGCUUGUACCAACAAAUCAAUAGUUGCAGCGGUUGUGAGUUUUGCAAGUUGUGGUGCAUUAGCACUUCUUUGUCUUGGGGCUAUCUUUGCACAUAGAUACCUAUACGUACGAAGAUACGCAAAUGAAAUCUUUUUUGAUGUUUCAGGUGAAGAUGAAAGAAACAUUUCCUUGGGGCAACUGAGAAGAUUUUCUUUCCGAGAGUUACAACUCGCCACUAAGAAUUUCUGCGAGAACAAUGUGAUAGGCCAAGGAGGCUUUGGAAAAGUUUACAAAGGAGUACUCUUAGAUAACACUAAAGUCGCUAUCAAACGUCUGGUUGAUUAUAAUAACCCUGGUGGAGAGGCUGCAUUCCAAAGAGAAGUUCAACUAAUAAGUGUUGCAGUUCACAGGAAUCUCCUUCGCUUAAUCGGAUUCUGCACAACCCCUACCGAAAGAAUCCUUGUAUACCCUUUCAUGGAAAAUCUAAGCGUAGCGCAUCGCUUGAGAGAUUUGAAACCUGGUGAGAAAGGCUUAGACUGGCCAACAAGGAAGCGCGUGGCCUUUGGUACAGCACAUGGCUUGGAGUACCUCCAUGAGCAAUGUAUUCCCAAGGUUAUACACCGAGAUCUGAAAGCUGCAAACAUCUUAUUAGACGAUGACUUUGAAGCUGUACUUGGAGAUUUUGGUUUGACUAAGCUUGUUGAUACAAGGCUGACACAUGUCACCACUCAGGUGAGAGGCACGAUGGGUCAUAUUGCCCCAGAAUACCUGUCCACAGGAAAAUCAUCAGAGAAGACUGAUGUCUUUGGAUAUGGCAUCACACUUCUUGAACUUGUCACCGGUCAGCGUGCGAUAGACCUGUCUCGGCUUGAAGAGGAGGAGGAUGUUCUUCUGCUUGAUCAUAUAAAGAAGUUACUGAGAGAGAACAGGCUAGAGAAUAUAGUGGAUAGGAAUCUGGAGAGUUACGAUCCAAAAGAAGUAGAAAGAAUAGUUCAAGUAGCAUUGCUUUGCACACAAGGGAUGCCAGAGGACAGGCCAAGCAUGUCAGAGGUAGUGAAUAUGCUUCAGGGUGUGGGUUUGGCAGAGAGAUGGGCUGAGUGGGAGCAAUUGGAAGAGAUCAGUAAUCAGGAAUUCUCAUCACUUUCUCAUCACUUUGCUUGGGCUGAUGAAUCCACUCAUCAAGAGGCUAUACAGCUUUCCACGGCGAGAUAAUAAGGCCUUUGUUUACUGCAACCAAAUUUUGAACUUGUAAUUUGAUUGAAAUUAAAGCUCAUCUACCUGACGAACUCUUAUUGACCUUAUAGUAAUUGUUAAUAUAUCCUAUAGAAUUAAGAAGAGGGUGAAGAGAUUUCAGAGAUAGCCUGUUAUACCAGAGGACAUACUUCAGGUUCUUGAUAACGUACAUAUUAUUUGCAAGUACUUUCUCCACUCGACUUUAAAAAUGUUGCUAUGAUCUUUUCGUCUUGGCAUGAAUGGUGUAUUCUUUUUUGUCCAACAAAUAUGUGCUGUUGUGUUCAAACUUACUAUGAAUUCUAUCAAUUAUAAUGAGUAUGUGUAAUUGUCACCAUACAUCUUUUUUUAAAAAAUA